CUAAUAUGAUUAAUAACACGAAAAAGUCUUGCGUCGAGAUUACGAGCGAUAAUCAAUUGACUCACUCAUCAGCACCACUGCCUGUCAACGGAGUGAAUGCAUCACACGUUCAGUCGAGUCAGACUCAAUCAUCGCAAACGUCAUCCCUGUCCUCGUCGUCGUCGACAGCCUCUCCGACGCCAAGACUUCCCGACUUUAUUCGCCCCAAAAUAGUGACGAUCGUCAGGAAUGGAGUGAAACCGCGAAAAGUGUUUCGUUUGCUUUUGAACAAAAAGACGGCUCAGACCUAUGAUAAAGUGCUGAACGAUAUCACAAAUACUAUUAGACUGGACUGCGGGGCUGUGCGACGGAUAUACACAUUGUCUGGAAAUCAGGUCUUAUGUCUGUCAGACUUUUUCAUCGACGACGACGUCUUUAUUGCUUUCGGAACGGAAAAGUAUUCUCACGAAGACUUAGAUCUCGACUCUGAAGAGCACAAACUGGUCUACUCUAAGACGUCGUCUUUGAGUCGAAGUGUUUGCCACAGAAGUGGCAAAAAGAGCUCUCCUUCGCCGCUAUCUGUCAUUUACGGUACUCUAAGUAAUGGCAAAGGAGUCAACUCUACUCACAAUCAAAACUCGCCGAAAAUGGGCUCAAAAUUGAAUGACAAGAAUAGUCGAAACGCAGCGCUUAAUGGCAAUUAUGGGUACAAUGGGAACGGCUAUUCCGUAUCGAUUCUGUUCCCUAAACAAGUGACACAACACUACGAAAUCGGACAAAUCAUAGGCGACGGCAACUUUGCUGUUGUGCACCAUUGCACUCAUAAGGCCACCAAAGCUCAGUUCGCACUCAAAAUAAUCAAUAAAUCCAAGUGUAAGGGAAAGGAGGCUAUGAUUGCCUCUGAAGUCGCGAUUUUACGGAAAGUCAAACACACGAACAUUAUUCAACUCAUUGAAGACUUUGAUUACACUAACGAACUGUAUCUAGUCAUGGAAUUAGUUAAGGGCGGGGAUCUGUUUGAUGCGAUCACAUUAGCGAAUAAGUACACAGAAGUGGAUGCGAGUCACAUGAUUCACGACCUGUCCGGUGCCCUCCAGUACUUGCAUUUGCUAAACAUCGUGCACCGGGACGUGAAGCCCGAGAAUUUGCUCAUUUGCGACAAAAACGGUGUCAAGUCAUUGAAAUUAGGAGACUUCGGGUUAGCCGUCGAAAUGGAGGACAACGUUAAGCUGCACUCCGUGUGCGGAACGCCUACUUACGUAGCGCCGGAAAUUCUCGCCGAAACCGGUUAUGGCAAAGAGGUGGACAUAUGGGCGGCCGGUGUUAUCGCAUACAUACUUCUCUGUGGUUUCCCUCCCUUUGCCAACGAAGACAACGAUCAGGACUUACUCUUUGAUCAAAUACUUUCGGGUAGUUUUGAAUUCACUCAACCCUUUUGGGACCCGAUCUCCGAGUCGGCCAAACAGCUCAUUACAGAGAUGCUGGAAGUGGACCCAAACCUAAGGCUCACCGCAACCCAAGUCAUGGAACACCAGUGGGUUGUCGGUGAGAGCGCCGGCACUAACGAUAUGUUGAGUACUGUAUCGCAAAAGCUUAACAAACAUUUUGAUAAGAAAUCUAACAAUAAAUCUAAGAAGUGCUCUGAGAAUAUGGCCGGUAUUUCACUGAUAGCCGUAAGUACUUACUAGUGAUUGGAAAUGCCGUUGAAGUACUGGAAGUGCUUAUAAUGUCUGAUCGAAUGCAUAUCAAAUCUAAUCUGUGAUAAUGCUAUUGCCGUUCCUCUAGUCCUCCCAAUAAUAGCUUUUUAAUGUUUUUCCAUACGAUUUAUAAGCUUUAAUCCAAUCAAUGCAUGCAAUCAUUUGCACAUUUGCCUCGCAUUUCACUCACUCUUUUUGAUACUGACUUUUAUGCGAACGAAAUACUUCUCAAUAUUUUUUAUAACUCUAUUUCUAUGCAAUUCUCUAAACAAUCAUUGAUUUCCUUUAAAAUCCAAAAAUCCGUGAAUCAAUUGCAACCGUACGACAAAUGUUAUGAGAAAAACUGGAUUUCAUUACCUGUUUAUUAAAGAAUUGCUGAUAUUUUGUCUCCUUUUGUAAGUAUAGACCAUUAGAAACCAUUUGUUUCCCCGUUUUUGUAUAAUUUGUUAGAAAAUAUUGACUCCAUUUAUGUUACUAUAAAUGAAUGCAUAAUUAAUACAUAGUUAAGUAACCUAUCGGUUAGACUAAACCAAACAAAACCGUUUGUUGACAUCAGUUAUGAUUUUAAAUAUUCAUUAACUGUAUAAUGUAAAUACGAGUCCCCAUUCAGUUCAAUGGCUUUCGCACAUGAAUUAGCGGUUAAUUUGCUUUUCAUUUAAUUGUGAAUCCGAUAAUAGCGGACGGCUUUGGAUAAGAAACCGAUCGGAAAUGUGAGACAUUAUUUCAGACCUUAUAGUAAAGGACGGAAUCCAGUGAUAAGAUUUGCUGUGCCUUUGAUUCUUCCGCGAACUUCAUUCUAACCAUC